ACUGUUUGAAACGUCCACAUAUAUAAGCUGUUUGGUCAUGUUUUCAAAUCUUAAAAACUCUUAUUUAAAAAACGGUUCUUAGUUUUUUUUAAUUAAAAGUUAAAGAGACAGGUUUUUAUAUUCCGAUAAGAAUUCCAUCAUAAGAAGCCUCCAAUAAUCAUGCUCUUAGAGCAUCAGACCACCUCCAUCGGGACUUUUUAAGUGGAGUUCCAAACAAAAGAAAGAAAAAAAAUAAAUGAAAAAGAAAAAAAACACAGAACCACUGUUUAAACUGGGAUUUUUAGGAUUGGUAAGAACUCUUACGUGUCACAUUCUUAUUUGACCAUCCAUUUAUCUCUCUCUCCUUCGUCGUCGGGGUUUUCAUCUGAAAUCUCAUUUUCUCUCUUCCUCCUCCAAGCUCGAUCUCUCCAUCUUCUAUGUCGAUUGAUGUCGAUUUCCUUCUCUGUCGUUUCUCUAUCGAUUCAGAUGUCCAUUUCUCUGUUGAUUCUGAUGUCCAUUGAGAAGAUAUAUUAUCUCCUCCUCUGAGAUUCUUUCGUUUUAAAGUGAAAAGAUGACAACUAAUAGAUCCAAGUCGGAAAAGAAGGAUGCGGAGAAGCAGCUCCGGCGGGACCCUUACGAGGUUCUAGGAGUCUUGAAGAACUCUACGGAUCAGGAGAUUAAGAGCACUUAUCGGAAACUAUCUCUCAAGAACCAUCCUGAUAAGACUGCAAAUGACCCGGUUGCGGCCGACAUGUUUAAGGAGGUCACCUUUUCCUACAACAUCUUGUCUGACCCGGAGAAACGCCGCCAGUAUGAUACUGCUGGUUUUGAGAGGCCGUUGAAGUAGAAGGCCAAGAGCUGGAGCAGUGGAGCUGGAUCUCUCAAGUUUAGGAGCUGUUUUGCCAACGUAAUACCUCUCCUCUCUUGCUAAGUCUUUGAACUUUAUAAGAUCAUAUUCAUAGCAUCUGGAACAUGAGUAAUGUCAAAUCAGUGCCUGCGUUUGUUUAGCAUCUUGAUCACAAGAUCACAUGAGUUUGUUUCUAUUUUAUCAGUGCCUGCAUUUGUUUAGAUACAUUGUCAAUUUGAUUGUUUCUUAUGUGUGAGUUUGUGUUACCUUUCAUUGGUUUACAUAAACAUGUUAUGAAAUCCAAACAUUCAACUUCUAAAAAAAAAAAAAAUUUUUUUAAGAACCUCAAGCAGGUUCUCCCAUUGGAUCAUAAAAAAAUUAAUUACACUAACAAAAGUUCUAAACUUCUCAAAUCAUAAAAUUAACUAUUAAAUUAUUCAUUAGAACCCAUAAUGGGUUCUAACCAUUGGACUUGCUCUCAUUAUCCCAAAGACCCAUUUAGGAUCUCUUAAUUUUUUUUAAUAUUUUCCAGUCUUAAAAGUUAUUUAAUUAAGAGACCUACUUAAGAGAUACCAUAAUUUGUGUUCCAAUGGGAGUCUCUUAUUUAGGGUUUCUUAAAAAAAAAUAUUAACAUUGUUUAUAUAAAAAUAAAAUUUAUUUAUUAAAUAAAACAUUAUAAAAGAUAACAUUUUAAACAUAAAUUUAAAUAAAUAACUUAAAAACAAAGAUUAGAAAGAAAAAAACGAUAAAAUUUUGAAAGAAGCAUCCGAGCUCAGUUGAUGCCUUCAUCACGUUCAAAUUUAAGUCAUACAUGUUCAACCAAAUCAUCUUUUAAUUGUUGAUGCAUUUGUCUAUCACGAAUUCUUUUCUGAACACCCAUGGUAUUGGCGAUAUUUGUAGGGCACUAAUUCCUUGAUUAUUUUUUUUCUCUAAUUUUGAUAUUUGACACAUUAAGUCGCUAUGCUUUCUACCUAUUUGUUGAUGGUGUUGGCAAAAAACUAACAACAAAAGUCACUUGCAGGCCGAGAUGACCCGAAAGCAAUUAGAAACUCUCAGCCCUCCCAUCAUGAAGCAAAUUCUACCACUAGUGGAACAGCUCCCUCCCCUGUACAUGGACUUGGUAAAAGGAAGAGAAGACUUCAUUCCAAAACCAGAAGAAACAAGACGCCUUGUAUGAGAAACCCAUAAUGUUCUUGUAUUCGUGUCUUGUUAAAAAUGUUCAGGUAAGGUCAUAAUGUUGCAACCCAUUUAUAUUAUAAACACGAGCAACAGAAACUUUUUUGGUUGCAUAUGCUUAUAAUGUUAUUAUAACUUUGUUUGUAGA